CCUGACCCUGACCCUAACCCUGACCCUAACCCUGACCCUGACCCUAACCCUGACCCUGACCCUGACCCUAACUGUCAGCGCCCACCUCUCCCCGCAGACACCCUCUAUUUCUUCGGGGACAACAACUUCACCGAGUGGGGCCCCCUCUUCCAGAAGUACGUGCCCCCGCCGUUCCGCAUCCCCGGCACCAGCAGCGCCUACAGCUUCGGGAUCGCAGGCUCGGGUUCGGGCGUCCCCUUCCACUGGCACGGCCCCGGUUACUCCGAGGUGAUCUUCGGCAGGAAGCGCUGGUUCCUCUACCCGCCGGAUAAAACUCCCCACUUCCACCCCAACGAGACGACGCUGGCCUGGCUCCAGAGCACCUACCCCACGCUGCCGCCGGCCGAGCGGCCGCUGGAGUGCACCAUCCGCCCCGGAGAGGUCCUGUACUUCCCCGACCGCUGGUGGCACGCCACGCUCAACCUGGACACCAGCGUCUUCAUCUCCACCUUCCUGGGGUAGCCCCGGGGGCACCGGACCCCCCCCCC